AUGAUUCUGAGACUGACUAAGCGGAAGUCGGGCCUCUUGGUUAUUGUAAAAAAAGGAGAGAAAGAUAUUCCUGGAUUGACUGAUACCACGGUGCCUCGUCGCCUGGGUCCUAAAAGAGCCAGCAGAAUUCGUAAACUUUUCAACCUCUCUAAAGAAGAUGAUGUACGCCAGUAUGUUGUAAGAAAGCCCUUAAACAAAGAAGGUAAGAAACCUAGGACCAGAGCACCCAAGAUUCAGCGUCUGGUUACUCCACGUGUCCUGCAACACAAACGCCGGCGAAUUGCUCUGAAGAAACAGCGUACUAAGAAGCACAAGGAGGAGGCUGCAGAAUAUGCUAAACUCUUGGCCAAGAGAAUGAAGGAGGCCAAAGAAAAACGCCAGGAACAGAUUGCCAAGAGACGUAGGCUGUCUUCUCUGAGAGCGUCUACUUCUAAAUCUGAGUCCAGUUAAAAAUAAGGUUUAAUAACAACAAAUAAAU